AUCCAAAAGCAAUAAACAUCUUUUACAUUUUCGAAACAUUUUCAAUAAAUGCUUAGAUAAAUCAACAUUAAGGUUGAUAGAGGGUUUGAAUUAAGUUUAUAUAUAUGUAAAUUUAUUUGUGUAUAUGUAUAAACUUAAUUCAAAAUUUUGUAUUGUUAGUGAAAUAUUAAAUCAUGGGAGAGAAUGAGAUUAGUGAUAAUGGAGAUCAUAUUUUGAGUAUGAAGAAUGGUGAUCAUAUUGAUCUUGAUGAUGAUGAUGAUUAUAAUAAUACUAAUAUCCCACAUGAUAAUUCAAACAUGUGUGCCAACAUAGCUUUUGCUCAAAAGUUACUUGGAGAGUUAUUAGGUACAUAUUUUAUGAUAUUUGCUGGGUGUGGUUCAGUGGCUGUGAAUUUGAAUUUCGACAAAAUAGUAACAUUUCCAGGCAUUUGCAUAACUUGGGGACUAGUGGUCAUGGUUAAUGUCUAUGCUCUCGGUCACAUCUCCGGUGCCCAUUUUAAUCCCGCCGUCACUAUUGCUUUUGCUUCCGUCAACAAAUUUCCGAUAAAACAGGUACCCGCUUAUAUAAUUUCUCAAGUUGUUGGAUCAACCCUAGCAUGUGGAACCUUAAGGUUGAUGUUUAGUGGGAAAGGAGAAGACCAUUUUCUUGGGACAAUGCCGGCAGGCUCCUACAUACAAUCCUUUGUUGCUGAGUAUAUCGUUACUUUUUAUCUCUUGUUUGCUAUCUCGGGUAUUUGCCUCGAUGAUAGAGCGAUUGGUCAGCUUGGUGGGAUUGCAGUUGGUUUUACUGUUCUAUUAAACGUGCUUGUAGCAGGGCCCAUUUCUGGAGCAUCUAUGAACCCAGCAAGAAGCUUGGGCCCAGCAAUUGUGUGGAACCAAUUUAAAGGAUUCUGGAUUUAUGUUGUGGCACCAAUUCUUGGGGCCAUUAGUGGUGUUUGGGCCUAUAACUUGCUUAGGUUUAAUCCUAAGCCUGUUAGGGUUAUUACCAAGACCAAAUCAUUUCUCAAAACUUCUUCACAAAAAUAAUUAAGGCCUUCAUUAUCAUUAGUUUCUUUUAGAUUUUGGAAUUUUGAAUUUUGUUAUAAGUAUCUGUUAAGGAAAAAUUGAAAAGAAAAAUAUAUGCUAAACUUAAUUUUU